AUGGAUUUACAUACUCUCUAUCGCUUGGUCACUUUCCUCUUCCUGAACGAAAUGAUCUUGAUGGGCGCCGGGGCACCAGAACCAUAUGCGGGCGAAGACAAGGAUCGUGAAUGGACUGAUAUCUGUAUAAAAUCAAUCUCAAGGUCUUCCUUCUAUGUUCCAGCAUUGUUCAACAGGACAGCUAGUCUGAAGAAGGUUGAGAGAACUUUCAUCAUGGUCAAACCGGAUGGGGUUCAAAGAGGACUCGUCGGCGACAUCAUCCACCGCUUCGAAAAGCGUGGCUUCAAGAUGGUUGCUGGGAAGAUGAUGAUGGCCACUGACGAUAUCAUCAGGACUCACUAUGCUCGGUUUCAAUCCCGUUCAUUUUUCGCUGGAACCCUGAAAUUCUUUGCCACUUACCCCGUCUUUGUCAUGGUCUGGGAAGCACAGGAUGCAGUGAGGCAGGUACGUCUGAUGCUUGGAGACUCCCACCCGGAUAAUUUUGUACCCGGGACGAUCCGCGGAGACUAUUCUCUCGAUCUCGGUCGAGAUGUCUGCCACGCUUCUGACAGCGUGGAGGCGGCCAACUCUGAGAUUAGCCUUUGGUUCAGACCAGAGGAAGUUCUAAACUACACGCUCUGCACCGAGCCUAUCAUGUAUGAAUUCUAUGAUGACUUAUUCCAUUCAUGAUUGAGGCAUAAUUCAAUUUCCUUGCGUAUUGCAAUAAAUCGACAACGAAUGGAAUUACAUUGUUCUUUGAAAGUUGAGUAAACGGACUCCUUCUGGAAAUUACAGAAUCUUCUUGGAUAUUUGCUAAAUUAACACUUCUUCCUGGGUUAUUGUAAUUAAAAGUUUGGUAAUUCGGCUUGAUAUUGUAUGGCAUACAUAAGUUUCAAUAUGUAAAAAUGUUGGAAGUUUACCAUUCUUAAAGAAAUCUAUAUUUUGACA